UGGAGAGCGGGACAGGCACCCAGAGGGAGAAAUACAGGGCGAGGGAGUGCCAGCCAGGAGAGGGCUCCUGCAGGCAGCACCAAAGCAGCUGAGCAGGCAGUCGGGGGACCUGACGAAGUCCAGCAUGGGUUUGCUUGAGUGCUGUGCCAGAUGUCUCAUCGGGGCACCCUUUGCUUCACUGGUUGCCACUGGCUUGUGCUUCUUCGGGGUAGCACUGUUUUGUGGCUGUGGGCACGAAGCCCUCACAGGCACGGAGCAGCUCAUUGAGACCUACUUCUCCAAAAACUACCAGGACUAUGAGUAUCUCAUCGACGUCAUCCAUGCUUUUCAGUAUGUCAUCUAUGGCACAGCCUCCUUCUUCUUCCUCUACGGAGCCCUGCUGCUAGCUGAAGGCUUCUAUACCACCGGCGCCGUCCGGCAAAUCUUCGGGGACUACAGGACCACCAUCUGCGGCAAGGGCCUCAGCGCAACGGUAACCGGGGGCCCGAAAGGGAGGGGAGCGCGAGGCCCCCAGCGAGCUCACUCGCUGCAGCGAGUGUGCCAGUGUUUGGGAAAGUGGCUAGGACAUCCUGACAAGUUUGUGGGCAUUACCUACGUCCUGACCAUCAUCUGGCUCCUGGUCUUCGCCUGCUCUGCGGUGCCUGUCUACAUCUACUUUAACACUUGGACCACCUGCCAGUCCAUUGCCAACCCCAGCAAGACCUCGGCCAGCAUUGGCACCCUGUGUGCAGAUGCCAGGAUGUAUGGUGUUCUGCCCUGGAAUGCUUUCCCUGGCAAAGUGUGCGGCUCCAACCUGCUCUCCAUCUGCAAGACCAGUGAGUUCCAGAUGACUUUCCAUCUCUUCAUUGCGGCCUUCGUCGGGGCAGCCGCCACACUGGUGUCACUGCUCACCUUCAUCAUCGCCGCCACGUACAACUUUGCCGUCCUCAAGCUGAUGGGCCGAGGCACCAAGUUCUAGCCCACUGAGUGAAGCCCAGUCAGACCAAACGCCCUUCUUUUCUCUAACACCGAGGCUUUAACACUGCAGCCACCUGACACCAGGUCUCCUCUGCCUUAACUCUGCCUUCGCCGCUGACUCCCCUCUUCUUCCUCCCUCGCGUCCGUCACCGUGCUGAGCAUGACCAGAAGGAGAGCUUUCCACCAAUGGACACCUCUCUUCAUGCACUUUUCUCUCUCUGUGCUCAUCCACAACCGGUUCACUCUAGGGUCAAGCCCGUCAAAACCAGCCAGAGAAGAGGAGGGACUUACUCCAGUGUCCCGGUGUUGCCUAGGGAUGAGCAAAGGCCUUCAUGCUCCUGGAAAGAGGAAAUCCAUGUAGGUCGCUCCAUGAGUAGCAGGAGGCUGUCUAGAGAGAAAAGGAAGUUGGCCCAGCCCUGGUACCAUUGCUAGAGACUCUCCUGGAGCUGUCUGCUGUCACCACCUGUGGAUGGAGAACAAGAGAAGGGUAUUUUUUUUUCCCCUUAGCAAAGAAAGAUGAAUUUACCCUAAACUGCCUGCUGCAGCCAAGGCAAAGGGAGUUCAGGGCAAGGAUCUUCUCGUUGUGGAGAAGAGAGUGCUGACCCCAUUGCUGAUAAGCCCUAACCCAGCUGCCCUUAUUAAAGCCUAAAGGAGUUUGGUGUCUCUGCAGACAAAGGUGGACUUCUGGCUUUACCCUCCAGGCAUCAGAGAGGCAGCAGAUAGAUUUGACCAGAAGGGGACAUCUCUGUGCCAUGCCCUGGAAGUGUAAAGCCAGAGCCAUCCCCCCGUGGGCAGGGGAUGACCCUCUGGACUGUGCCCCUUUGCCCACCCCUGCCCUGCAAGUGCAGUGCUCGCUACAUGCUCUUGUCACUUCAUAAUGGUGCUCUUCUCUGGGUGAUGUCUGCUUCUUUAACCUCCACUGUGUCAGAGAGCUUGAUUUGUUUCUCACUCAUGUCAAACGUAACCUUCCCUUGUUCUGUCCCACUCUUCCCCUCACUUUUUCCCCUCCAUGUUUCCUGCGAGUCAGGACAACUGUCUUGUGUCUGCCAAGGUGGGAAGGACUGGCAGCAUCGUGCCAUAAAGGAGUUGGGAAGGAAAAGUGGUGGUUUGGAGGGCAGAGGGCAGAAACACAGCCCAUCUCUGCAAACUAGAUGCUUUCUGGUGCCAGUUUAGUCUUUACCCAUGGAGGGAAGGCAGCAGUGGGGGAAGGGGUUUGGUAGAGACAACCUCUCCCUUAUGAUUGCUUUCCAUGGCAGCUGGAGGAAUGCCCUCUGGCUGGGUAGCAAGGGCUCAGCCAGACCUGCCAAAAUGCUGUUUCCAGUCCUUCCCACCAACUGGCAUUUUGUUUUGGUCUUCUCUGCCUCUCCUUACUGCUAAUCAUUUUGUUUAUUUAUUGGAGGAACUACUGUAGCUCCAUCUUGCAUGGAUUUUUCUUUUCUGUUUGGUUUUUUUUCCCCUUUGGGUCUGUAUUACUGCUUUUUUUUUUAAGUGCCUGUUUCAGCAGAGGCAAGGAUAAAGGAGCAGAUCUGCUGAGCAGAGCAUUUGAAGGAUCCUUGCCGCUGGGAAUGCUGAAAUAGAUUGGCCAGGCUACCAACGCACACAGGCUGAGGAGAAGGGGGGGGGGGGGACACAUGCCAAGAGGGAUGGCAGGGUGGGGAGAAACCAGCCAAGAUCUGGAAAUUCACAUCAGUGCUGUCUCUCUUGGGGGGUUUGCUGGGGUGGUUUUUUUUUCAGGUAUCCAUUUAACAAAAAGUAACCAGAUCCUCCUUCCCACCCUUGCCCCCAGACCCCAAACACACACACACACACACACGCACACACACACACACAGACAAAGAGAGUUAAUCAACUGAAAGUGUUUCCUUCAUUUCUGAUCUAGAGUUUCAACUUGUUAACAAGCCAAUAAAAAGGAGCAAGUUUUUAAAGACUCAUCUUACAAGAUGUAUUUUAUAAAAAUUAAAGAGAAUAAAUUAAAAUUAAGAACA